UGACCUUUGGUGACCCAAAAUGGCGCUGUGGCAGUGAUGUUUUUGCCACGGAAUCGAUCAAUUUUAAUUUUGAACAGCUGUUAGCGGGCUGAAUAAACGCCUGGAGUCGGCGGAAAUAGAAUGAGUACGUUGCGUAAACGGUUGGCGAGCCAGAGAAGGUCUUGUCGGCCUCGUUCAAGAAAAGUCUAGCACACAAUUGAAAUGAUGAGCAAGCGCAAGGCUCUAAUGCCUGAUGUGUUCAAGCGGCGUAAGCGGGUUUGUGUAGGGGGCCUUGUGAGACCCACCCCGUCCAGUCCACAGUGGGGUUCAGACAGCGAAGACAACCUCAGCGCCGCGGCGCCCAGCGACACCAAGGCUGCCAUGAUGUACCUGUGCUCGCUGUUCCCCAAGCAGACGUACGAGGGGAGGAUUCCUCCAAUCAUCAUGAAGCACCAGCUCUACAGCGUGGUGAAGAAUAAGACUCUGGUCGACAGGCAACUGAAUGACCUGAGAAAUGCCCAUGAAGUGAAGAUGAUGAAGCUAGGGAAUGAGGUGGACGAGUACUGUCUGGUCUUCACCGAGGACUACAAGAACCACAUCACAAUGUUUUACGGACAGGAGAUCUCCAAAACUGUCGAGCGGUUCCUGAAAGAUGUGGUGAGCAGAACCAAUGAGAUGUGUGUGACUCAGCAGAUCAUGACAGACCAAAACUUCACGGAUGUGGAGAUCACGUGGGUAUUUUUUGGCUACACAUACCAUCAGUGGAGACAAUGGAGACAAUUGAUACCCUUAUGUUUUUCAGAUAAUGAUGAUAUGCAUUUAGCCAUUCAUUUCAUGUUUACCUCCAUGUACAGAUGUUUUGUUUUGGUGUGUUUGUGUGUCAUUUUUCUCGAGUGCUGGUUUUAUUUGAGUACUAGUACGGUAAGAUCAUGGAAAGUCAGGGGGCAUAAUAUUUUGCACAGGUGUGAAAUCUUUGAUGUCUUGUUUUGCCAUGAAUUUGGCAACACCACAGGGGCCUUACAAUUCACCCUCUGUUGUUACUUCCCCAGACAACUGGUGAACGCUGGAGUGUUGACAGUCCGUGACUUGGGCAGCUGGUGGCUGGCAAUUCCAGGGGCGGGGCUCUUUGUCAAACUCUUCACAAAAGGUAGAAAAGCAGUUCUGGCUUCCAUAAGAAAAAGCAAGUACAAAGAGAUUCUAAAACAGGAAUUGGAGUCCAGAAAGAUGUCAGCCUCAGUGAAACUGGGGAUGUCCUAUCACAUCCAUGAUAUCAUUGGAGCAGAUCUCGUUACAUGCAUUGAGACCACAUCAGGAGAGUUGCUGAGACUUAAAGACGACUGAUGACUACAAAUACUGACCAGUGUAGCCUGACAAGUGGUCAACACAACACACUAAUUAGCCUAACGAGGAGAUUGACAUGUGUAACACAGGCUAAUUACCACUGUUGUUGUCAUUAGGACAUGAUAUCUGUGAAUAUCAAUUGAUAAUGCUGCUGAAAUUCUUUAAAAAAUCUCUAAAUUCUCUUAGACAUUGUUCAACAGUUUGAACAAUUCUCUUUAUAUAGGUUUUGGUCCCGUGCUUUCCUAUUAUCAUUUCUUUUAUGGUACAGAAGAUCCAUAUUUUUCUUUUACUAUGUACAAAUGCCAUUGUUUUGUUGCUUAUAUUCUGUUACAGUACUAUUCCAUUGCUUUAAACUUACGUGGUCUUAUGUCUACAAUAUACAUGAUGUACAUGUGUAUGUAACGUUAACCAAAAAUGUGCCUGUUUGAGUCAAGGAGCUUUAAACAUCAAGCCUGUUUAAAUUUGAUUUUUAACCUCCUUGUUUGAAGGAAUCAUUCCAAUAGCUUAUUGGUGUAUGUCAGCUUCCAACUUGUGUAAAAUAUCGCUCUUGUGAGUGGCAAAUUAUUCAAUCUGUAAAUAAACACUGUCUCCGAAA